GUCUUAAGGGACGAAAACCAGUUGUAGCUCUCAGAGCCGCUGCAAAUCGCUGCAACUGAAAAGUGGGACGUGGCACCGCCGCGAUAGUUGAAGGUAGAUGAAGCAGUUGUUGUUAAUGGGAUCUAGGUCGUUCUCCUACUUUCCAUCUCUUCUAAGGCUCGCUAACUCACAUUCUCAAAGGUCAAAACUAUUUUAUGGUUCAGCUACAACUGUACUACCAAAUUGUUGCGAUAGUCUUUCUCCCUUGAAUUUUCAAGCAUUGAGAUCAUAUGCACAUGAUGCACGCAAAGGCUAUGAUCUCUUUGGCCGUGGAAGACCAGGGGAUGAAGAGUUCAAAAAAGCCUGGACAAAGGAGAUGGGUGAAGAUAACACUCUAUGGACAGGAAGUGAAGAUGAAAGUGAUGAAGAAAUGGGUCCAAAGGGUCAUCUUGAUAAGGAGAUAAGGAAAGCAAGACUGGAAGCUAAAAAACAUUCAGACCUGAUUGAUGCUGAUGACAGUGAUGAGUUAAAAAGUGUCUGGUCUGGCAGUGAUGAGGAGAAGACACUGUGGACUGGUGAUGAAAUGGAUAGUGAUGAUGAUAUUCCUACAGAAGCUUUCCCAAAUGAAAGUAGUGACAAGUACAUAGAUAAAUUGUUUGAGUUUGAUGAAAUGCCCAAAUAUAGAACCAUCUCUGAGAUGUUGAAAGCUGAAGAAGAACCCGAGGAGUUGUCACCGGGAAAGCAAGCUAGAAAGGUUGCAGUUGAGAAUGCUCUAAAGAAAUUAAAGAAAGGUCCUGACGGGAGGUAUACAAAUGUGUGGGAGGUUAUGAGUGAUUUAGAUAUUCUAAUUGGAGCAUUUGAAAAUGUUGUUUCUGGACCAGAGUAUGCAGAGCUUAGACAAGGAGGGCCUAAGCAACUAAACAUUCAGUUUUUCAAGGACAUACAAGCACGUAUGAGAGAUUCAAAUUAUAAGUUCUCACCUGAGUUAAAACUGAAACCAAAGAGUAAACUGGUUUCUAGAAAGAAAUGGCAAAAGGCAGAGUCCAGAAGGAGGAAAGCACGAAAGAGAUAAAGGUAUAGCAUGUCUUCUCAACAAUGAAGCAGAAGGUAGGUUUAUAAUGUUAUUGUAUCUUUGUACAGUACAUGCUACUUAAUUCAUGAGAAUCGUAUUUAUAAAUUGAUUGGUCAUACUCGUUUCAAAUGUUAA